AUGAAGCCCAUAACUCACCUGCAGAGCGUGCUUGCUGGCACAGUAGCCGGUGGCAAGAGGAGCUCCCAUGAUGCCCAUGACACUGCUCACAGUGACAAUCUUCCCUUUCUUCCUCUGGAUCAUGUGGUUCAGGACAUACUUUGUCAGGGAGAUGGUGCCCAGGUAGUUGAGCUCAAUGAUGGCAUUGUAGACAUCCAGAAUCUGCCUGAAGAUCGCAGAACAAACAGGCUGGAGCAGCAGCCAAACAGCACACAAAGCCACUGGUCCCGGCCACACGGGCCAGGCACCCUCGUCCCUUCCCGAGCCUUCCUCCCGCACUGUCCCUGCGCUCAGCUGCUCGUGGGGCCCUGCCAGCACCGGGAACCCGCCCAGAAACUGUGCAAAACAAGCAGUUCUGGCCCAAAGGAACCAGACCCGCGGGAGAUCGCGGGUGCCCCGAAGCGGCUUUUUGGGAGCCGGGACGAGGGGCACCACGAGCCUUUUCCAGGCAUGAAGUUCCUGCUUGGUGUCAACCUGAGCUUCAGAAGGAGAGCACUCGGAAAAUUUAAAACAUCCUUUACAAGCUGUACAGUAUUGAGGAGACUUGGUGUAGAAGUAGAACUGGGGGAUGGAUGGACUGAGAGCUGUCCUGCAGAGAAAGACCUGAGGAUACUGAUGAGUGAAAAAUUGGACACGAGCCAGCAAUAUGAUUUGCAACCCACAUUUUCCACCUCUACUCUGCACUGGUGAGACUGAAGGUCUGUGUCUUGCUAUGGAUUUCUGAGACAAAAAGCUGUGGACCUGUUGGAAGAGGGCCAUGAAAAUGGUCAGUGGGCUGGGACACCUCUCCUGUGG